AUGUCUGAUUGGGAUAAUGUUACUGUUGUCGGUAGAAAGGCCAAGGUUGGUUCCGCUGGUCCAAAGGAAAGGGUCAUAAAGACCUCUGGCCAAAUCAAUGCAGCUAGAAGAACAGGAGCAAUUACUUCUGUCGAUAAGAAAUACGGUAUUGGUAACUCCAAGUCGGACCCAGAAGGCCAGAGGCUAACCAAGGUUGACAGAACGGACGAUAUUGUUGUUCCUAAGAAAAUCGAAGCGUCUGUUGGUAAGGCCAUUCAGAAGGGUAGACAGGACAAAGGCAUGUCCCAGAAAGACCUAGCAACCAAAAUCAACGAAAAACCAACCGUGGUGAACGACUACGAAGCAGGUAGAGGUACUCCAAACCAACAGAUCUUGGCCAAAAUGGAGAGAGCCUUGGGCAUUAAACUCAGAGGUAAGGAUAUUGGCGCACCGCUCUUCAAGAAGAAGUAA